AUGAAGACAUCUCUGGUCCUCCUUACCCUCAGUCUACUGGCUUGUUCAGGUGAGCUUUUAUUUGUUAACUCAAGUAAUAACUACUGUAAAUGUAGCAGAUACAUUUGAUUGGGUCAGGGUGUAUGAGAAUCUGUAAGGGGGGACCUAAAUCCACUCCAAGUUCACCUUUCGUUUCAGUACAAUACAAUUUAAUGUUGUACAAUUUUUACUUCACAGUUUGGGAAGUCUGUGGACAAUGUCAAGAGGUUAACCUUGAUGACCAGGAAGACCAGGAAGUAGUAGAAGCACAGCCAGAAAAGCACAUGGUAACAGUGCACUAUAUGGUCAAAAUUGUAUGGACUAGCAGAAAGUGUAGACAUUUCUGCAACUUUCUAUUGGAAUACUCAACUAACCUGCUACUGUGUAACAGCACUUAACCAAAGACAUGAACGCAACCAAUACAUUGACUGAAGAAACUCCUGUCCAACCUUACGUAUUCAAAUGUACUUCAACCAUAAUACUGAAUACAUCACACCAUGUACAUUCUUGUCUGUUUAUGCUUUCCACAGGUGCAACAGUUAAAGGGAACAUGCUGGGCGUGUAAGUGGGCACUGAACAAAGUGAAGAAACACAUCUCCUCUUCCACUAGCCAAGUAACUACCCCAUAGCAUUACAAUUCAUAAGUGUCCCUUCAUGAAAUGUACUAUUUACUGAAAUAUUUAUCUGAAAAUGUAAACUGAUGUUGAUGAUUUCUCUUCAAUAGGCGCAGAUAAAGCAGAAGCUAUUGUCUGUUUGCAAUCAAAUGGGCCUCGUUAAAUCUCUGUGUAAAGGCUUGGUGAAAAAGCACUUGUGGGUUUUGGUUGAGGAGCUUAGCACCAGUGAUGACGUGACGACCAUCUGCAUUAACAUUAAGGCCUGCAAGUGAGUAGAAGAAACUGUUCAGACGACUAAAGAUUAUAGAGAUUAUCACCUGUGCUUGUUAAUUGAAACACUAUUGAAUAGAAUGUAUUCAUUAAUACAAAAUAUGGGGUUAUGUCUUUCGAUCUUCCACUCAUGUCAUCUUUUUGUGUAUCUUUUAGACCAAAAGCCGUUUUGGAUCUGAGCUACUGA